AUGGUGGCGAUGGCAGUGAAGAACAAAAAAGAAAGGAAACCAAGUCAAGGUAGGAAAAAGAUCCCAAUAAAAAUGAUAGAAAUCAAAUCAAACAGACAAGUCACGUUUUCUAAGCGUCGCAAUGGUUUAUUCAAGAAAGCAAGUGAACUCUGUGUAUUAUGUGGUGCUGAAGUUGCUGUUAUCGUUUUCUCUCCGGCCGGUAAAGCAUACUCUUUCGGGAACCCACAAGUCGAUUCCACCAUAAAACGAUUCCUAACCUCACAUGAUAAUAAUAAUAAUAAUAAUCAUCAACUGGCGAUUCGACCGAACAAUGUUCAUCGACAUGGAUUUUCGGCGCAUGAACAACAGCAGCUGCAGACACAGCAACAGUAUAUUAAGGUUUCUAAUCAACUAGACCUUGAGAAAAAGAGAGGAGUAUUGGUAGAGAAACUGAAGAAGCUUAAUUCUACUAAUGAUGGUAGCGAUAAGUUUUGGUGGGAAAUACCCAUUGAUGGGUUGAGUUUGAAUGAAUUAGAACAGAUGAAAUCAGCAAUGGAAGAAUUGAAGAAAACCGUCGCUAAAAGAAUCGAGGAGUUGGUGAUAAAUGGAGCUGCUACAUCUUCUUCUCCAGUGAUGAUGCCGACGCCGUUCUUGAACCCGAAUCCAAUCUGUUGUAUGAAUUCGUACGCACCUGGUGAGAAUCUUCCAGAAGCAAAAUGCAGUAUUACGGCAACUACUACAACUGCUAUCGUCCCUUAUGAUGAUUAUAAUUGCUGA